GAGGACUGGGCUGGUGGCUCAGGCAGGCUCUUAUUAUUACAGUGAGAGGGCAGGAGCCAGCCCCGGGCCAAGCCCUUCCCUGGAUCCAUCCUGGAAGCUUCAGUGUCUCUGCAGUUAAAUUGUGGGUGCCUCACAUCUGCAGUGAGCUCUGCAGAGAGUGUUGCUUAGUGAGGAUCCCCAGUGAGCAAGGGAGGGCUCCCCAGAGCACCUCUGGGGGGAGCAAAGCUCCAGCCACCCCAGCAAGCUGCUGUGCUCAACCUCUCUCACUCAGUCUCUUGGCAUCAGUAACUUUCCUGUAGCCUUCCUUAGGGUAAUUGCCACCAAAGUGGCUCCUCUGAGCCACCUCCUGGGGAGUCAGCACCAGCCCUGACCCCUCUGCUUUCCUUUCUCCCUGCAGGUUGAUCCCAGGUGCCUGAUGGUUCCCGUCGUGGUCCAGCAGCAUUCCCACCCCGAGGGGCUGCCCCUUCCCAAACCCUCAGCCUUGGAGCUGCCUGGCCAGACCCCAGCCUGCUGCCGUUGCUUUAGGGCUACCUCGAUCCCAGCAGCCACCAAAGGGUCCUCAUGAAAACUGGCCUCAUCCUCCUCAUUACUGGGCACCUCAACUUCAUCGCCGGUGCCCUGGUGCACGGCACCGUCCUCCGCUUCGUGGUCAACCCCCGAGAUGCCAUCUCCCUGCAGUACGCCGUCGCCAACAGCGCCUCCGUCGUCUCUGCGCUGCUGACCAUCUCCUGUGGAAUAGCUGUCCUCAUGUUGUCUCGCUACCUCGCCCCUCCUGCCCUGAAGUGGUUGGUUUUCACCCUGAGUGCCGGCAGCUGCCUGGGCUGCCUGUCCUGCCUGCUGGGCAUGGCCGUCUCCAUCGGGCUGACGCUGGGCAGCCAGGGCCGGGCACUGCUGGCCCCCUGCUCCCUCACCAACGUCGCCCUCGCUCCGGUCUCCCGCGAGUGCCCUUUUGAUCCCACUCGUGUCUAUAGCUCCACGCUGUGCCUCUGGGCUGUCUCCCUCCUGCUUCACUCUAUGGAGGUCAUCUUCAGCAUCCGCUGCCUCCUGCUCGCCAUCGACCUCCUCCGGCUCGGCUGCUGCUGCCGCGGGGCACACCGCAGGAAGGUCUCCUUGCAGGCAGCCCCCGUGGACAGCCCUGACCCCGGGCAGUGCCUGGGCUUGCUGAGGCUGGGCAGCGUGGAAAGUGCCCAGCUCUGAGCAGGACCUGAGGGAUGAACCUGUGGUUGUGCCCCAGCCAGCCCUGCGACGGGACCCAGCUGCCCCCCCAGCCAAGGAUCCUUGCCCUUGGCAUCGAUGGUCUCUUCCCCACCGCUGGCUGC